AUGAAGAAGUCUAUUGAGGAGAAGGAGGCCGCAAUCAAGGUCGAGAGCGAGCGUGUGAGAAAGCUUCAGGAGGAGAUUGCUGCUCUGGUUGCCAGUCAGAGCCACUACGACGAGCUCUCUGCGCAGGCCGAGAAGUUGGAGAAAGACAUGAAGGAGAAGGAGGCGGAGCUCGCCCAGGAGAAGGAAAAGAACGCGAGCAUGACGGAGGAGAUUCAAAAGCUUCAGGAGAAUCUGAAAGAGAUUAACGAACUGAAGAUGAUGCUGGAAUCUGCGAAGAAGCUCAGCGCUGAGAAGGAGGAGUCGCUCCGCCACUCGUUGGAGAAUCUGAAGCAGAAGGAGCAGGAGUUGUCUGAGCUGCGUGUCAACCAGGUGGAUGCGGAGGGCAUUGCUCAUGAUAACGAGAAUCUGAAGAAGGAAUUGGAGGCUGCGAAGAAGGCUGCUGAAGCUGCGAAGAAGGAGGUGGAAGCUUCGAAGAAGGAAGUAGAGGCUGUAAAGAAGGAAGUGGAGGCUGCCAAGAAGGAAGUGGAAGCUUCGAAGAAGGAGGAGGAGGCUGCCAAGAAGGAGGAGGAGGCUGCCAAGAGUGCUACGGAAGAGGUGAAGAAGGAGCUGGAGGCCGCGAAGAAGGCUGCUACGAUGGCUGAGAAGAAAUCGGAGAUCUCGAAGAAUGUGAUCGACGAGAUGAAGAAGCGAUUGGAGAUGGCGAAUCAGGAGACGGAGGAAGUGAAGAAGCAGCUGGAUGCCUCAAAGAGAACGACGGAGGAGGCCAAGAAGGAACUGGAAGCUGCGAAGAAGGCUGCUGAAGAAGCGCAGAAGGAGCUGGAGGCUGCUGAAGAGGCCAAGAAGGAACUGGAGGCUGCGAAGAAGGCUGUUGAAGAAGUGAAGAAGGAGCUGGAGGCUGCGCAGAAGGCUGCUGAAGAGGCCAAGAAGGAGGUGGAAUCGUCAAAGAAGGCUUCUGAGGAUUCAACGAAGGAUCUGGAGGCUACAAAGAAAACCAUUGAAGAGACAUUAAAGACUGCUGAAGAGGCCAAGAAGGCGUUGGAAGCCGCAAAGAAGGAAACCGAAGAGACAAAGAAGGAGCUGGAAGCUUCGAAGACUGCCACGGAAGAAGUGAAGAAGGAGCUGGAGGCUGCAAAGAGCGCCACAGAAACCGCGGAGAAGAAAUUAACCGUGUCGCAGAACGUCACGGAGGAGUUAAAGAAGCGACUGGAGACUUCGAAGAACGCCACGGAAGAAGCGAAGAAGGAGCUGGAAGCUUCCAAGAGCGAAAUCGAGACGUUGAAGAAGGAGCUGGAGGCCGCCAAGCAGGCUUCCUCGGCUCUUUCCUCCAGCACCAGCAAAGAAAAGGAGGCGAACGAAGCCGCGCACAAGAAGGAGAUCGAAGAGCUGAAGAAGGAUCUCGACGCGGCUCGCAGCGCGGCGGAGGAGGCUUCGAACGCGUUGAACAGCUCGAAGUUCGCUGUGGAGAAGGAGCUGGAAGAGACCAAGAAAGAGCUGAAGGUGAUCAAGGAGGCCGCGGAAGCCUCCACGAUGGCCACCAAGCAGCUGGAGGCGUUGAAGUCGGCCGGCGAGGCGGACAAGAAGGAGAUCGCGUCGCUGCAGGAGAAGCUGGCUGCGCUGGAGAAGGACUUGAAGGAGCAGAAAUCGGCCGCGGAGAGCAGCAAGAAGGAGCUGGAGUCGAACAAGAAGGAAUUGGAUUCAAAGAAGAAGGAACUGGAAUCGAACAAGAAGGAAUUGGAUUCGAGCAAGAAGGAACUGGAGUCGAAGAAGAAGGAGCUGGAGAGCAGCAAGAAGGAGCUGGACACCAAGAAGAAGGAGCUGGAGAGCAGCAAGAAGGCUCAGCAAACGGCGACCGACCAGAAAUCGAAGUUCGAGAAGAAGGUUUCGGAGCUGGAAGCGCAGCUGAGCGAGUCGGAGUCGGCUCACAAGGAAGAGCUCAGCAAGCUGGAGAAGAAGGCGAACGACGACACGUCGCUCACGACCUACAUGCGUUUGGUGUCCUCGCUGCUGCAGGGCGAGGAUAUCCUGAAGGGCAAGGAGAAGAAGGGUCUGAAGAUGGACAAUCGCGCGUGUCCCAAGUGCAAGACGCCGAUUACCAAGGCGCUCAGCGAUUCGAACGAGUGCUCGUACUGUGCUCUGCUUAGAGAGGCGAAGAAGGCCGCGGAGAAGGCUGCGGAGAGCCAGGCGGAGAAAGAAAUCGAUGAUGUGAAGCGGAAGCUCAUUGUGGGAGGAAUGGAGAUUGAAACGUCAAAGAUGAUUUCUAUGUUUGGUCUGUUAGUGGUUGUUGUGAUUAUUGUGUUGAAGUGGAUGCUUAAAUGAUCGGGUUGAAA